CUACGAUGUCUGGCCAAUGUUAGUGUGCUGGAGGCGGGGAUAGCACCAUGUGCAAAGUGAUAAUAUAAUCCUUAGAAGAAAACUUUGCUUCCUAUGGAAACGUCAGCGCGGCUCAAAAAUGGUAUCCAGCAGCAGACUGCCGAGCCCCUGGACCGUGUCCUAUGGACAGACCUUCUUAGUUUUAGGCAGCUUAUUAAUUUGCUUUCUUUUGUUCUUAUUCAUCCGUCAGCUCGUAAAGCAGAGGAGACCGCGGGGCUUUCCCCCCGGACCUACAUCUCUGCCUAUUAUUGGGAAUAUAUGGUCUCUUGCCUCGGAACCGCACGUAUAUAUGAAGAAGCAGAGUGAAAUCCACGGACCGAUCUUCAGUCUUGACCUUGGCGGUAUCUCUACCGUGGUGCUGAAUGGGUACGACGCUAUCAAAGAGUGCCUUGUGCACCAAGGAGACGUCUUCGCAGACCGACCCUCACUGCCAUUGUUCCAGAAGAUGACCAAGAUGGGAGGGCUUCUGAACAGCAGGUAUGGACGAGGAUGGAUCGAACAUCGCAAGCUUGCUGUCAACAGCUUCCGUUACUUUGGCACGGGCCAAAAAACGUUCGAGAACAAGAUCUCCGAAGAGUGCAUGUUUUUCGUGGACGCCAUCGACGAGCACAAGGGGAAGCCCUUCAACCCCAAACACCUGGUGACCAACGCAGUGUCCAACAUCACCAACCUCAUCGUCUUCGGGGAGCGCUUCACCUACGAUGACACGGACUUCCAGCACAUGAUCGAGAUAUUCAGCGAGAACGUGGAACUGGCCGCCAGCGGCUGGGCCUUCCUCUACAAUGCCUUCCCCUGGAUCGAGAUCCUGCCAUUCGGCAAGCACCAGAGACUGUUCCGGAACGCGGUCGAAGUGUACGACUUCCUGCUGAAGCUCAUCCAGCGCUUCUCGCAGGGUCGCACGCAGCAGUCGCCGCGGCAUUACAUCGACGCCUACCACGAUGAGAUGGAGCAGAGCACAGGGGACCUGGGUGCUUCCUACUCCCUGGAGAACAUGAUCUUCUCUGUGGGCGAGCUUAUCAUUGCGGGCACAGAGACCACGACGAACGCCAUUCGCUGGGCCAUGCUCUACAUGACGCUCUACCCCAGCGUGCAGGACAAAGUGCAGAGGGAGAUCGACAUGGUGGUGGGGAACUGCAGGCCGCCUUGCUUGGAGGACAAGCUGAGGAUGCCGUACGUGGAGGCCGUGCUGCACGAGGUGCUGCGCUUCUGCAAUGUGGUGCCCCUGGGCAUCUUCCGGGCCACCUCAGAGAACGCGCUGGUGAGGGGCUACACCAUCCCACGGGGCACCACUGUGAUCACCAAUCUCUACUCUGUACACUUUGAUGAGAAGCACUGGAGCAACCCGGAUAUCUUCUCGCCAGAGCGCUUCCUGGACAGCCAGGGCAAUUUCGUGCGGCGAGAGGCAUUCCUGCCGUUCUCACUGGGAAGGAGACACUGCUUGGGCGAGCAGCUGGCCAGAAUGGAGCUGUUCCUCUUCUUCACCACCUUGCUGCAGAGAUUUUGCCUGCAGUUUCCAGCAGGCUUUGCUCCCAGCCUCACGCCCAAACUGGGCAUGACCUUACAGCCUCUGCCCUACAACAUCUGUGCAGUCCGGAGGCAGCAGUGAGCAGAGACCCAUGGCCACACUGACCUGCCUGCCAGUGAGGCUGGACUCUGGGCUUGUGAGCUCAGACAGCAUUUGAAUACAUCCCUCGAAACGCAGUGCUGGUUCCCGGUAGAAAUUCUCCGGGAAAAUCCCAUCAGCUCUGUAGAAAGCCACAGAAAACUCAAGGCCAUGCAACUGCGAACAGUAAGCAUGCAUGGUGAAGAGCAGUGUGUAUGUGUACCCUCUCUGUCCUCUCCACACCACAAAGUAUAUAACCCUAGAAAUGCAGUGACACACACCUGUUCACACAGGCAGGAGUCAGAGGAGAGUCCAUCAGCGCAGGGUCCACCUCCCUCUGUGUCUCUGGACCGAGUAGCUGUCCGCGCUGAUAAACUGGAACACUCAGUCCUGCUGCGUCAGGUGCACAUCUGCUUUUCCCGGAACUUUCUACAUUCCCGCGCCCUGCGUGUUGUGCAAGUUGCCCCCUCCCCUUUGGCUCACCCUGGUGGGCUCUGUGUACACAGGGAUCCUGUUCCUAGGACUUUGCCAUGGGACCGCGAGUAACCAGAAAGCGGGUACAUUUCAAUACCUGCGAUUCUGGCCGGGCAGGGUUAGUAUCACGUAGCUACUGAUAUGUGUUUCAAAGUUGGCUGCGUAUAUUAAAACAAACAACACACACUGAGGUAAGAAAUUAAGGAUUACAGUAGUAAUUCCAGCAAAAAUGAUACAAAUAGAAAUAUCUGGUAGUUAUCUUGAUUUUCCCAACCCACUCUGCCAUUUGUCUCUAUCACAAGUAAAAACCCUUGCACUGUAAAAUUUUGAUAUAAUAUUAAAUUAUAUUUGCCUUUAUUAAUAAAUAUAAAUUUCUCCAAA